AUAUGAUCUAAUCUUUUAAUCCUUCCCAUAUUAUAUAUCUAUUUAUUUACACACUGCAUUUGGUAUAUCUUUCCUCUUUCUUUCCACUACUUCACACUGCACUACAGGACUCUAUUAUUUCAAUUCCAACAGGUGUGACAAAGUUAAAAUAAGAAGUAUCUAAUUAAUAAAUAAAUACAAAAAAAAAUAAACAACAAGGAAUCUCUCCUCUAAAAAUCACAUUAUAUAGGUUUCAUUUAAAAGAAAGCUAGUCUCUUCACAUUCUUUUGUUUUGUGUGCAUAUAUAAAAAGGUGUUGAUACUAGUAAACACACAGUCUUGUGAAAGCAUAAGAACAAAAACGUUUGAACCUAAAAUGAGUGAGUGCAAGCGAGAUACAAGAGAAAUAUUCACUUAUCAUGAAAAGUCUCUUACAUCACAUGACAUGUAUGUAAUACAGAAAGAGGAAGAGCAACUGAAUCAACUACGGCAUGAAGAACUUAUGUUGCAAAGAGAGGAAAUGUUACAUCUCGAUGCAGUAAAGCUGUUACAAAAAGAUUUGAAACAUAUACGUUUGUGCAUGAGAGAUAAAGAGCUCCAACUUGAGCAUUCCCGUUUACAAUGCUACGGUCGACAUCAUCCCUUAAAAACAGACGUACAUCUGAAUAGACUGGAGCAGAAUAUUGAUGAAAGUCACAAAAGACUAAACAGGGAGAUACCAGUUAUUCAUUACCCAGAUGCUAACGAAGCAUACACAACUAACAAAGGAAGCAGAGUAUCUACACCAAGUCCAACACUAAUACCAAGUCCAACAAGUACAAGUAGUCCAACACAGGUUACCACUUCAAAAAUAACCUCCUACAUGAUGCCACAGCAACCAGCAAAGGUAUUUUCAGCUAUGCCUCGCUCUGCGAAAGGCCCACCAAUGAAAACAUGUAUGUCGUGCAAUCACAGCAUACACCGAAAUGCACCAGUCUGUCCGAUAUGUAAAGCAAAAAGUCAUUCAAAGAAUCCAAAGAAGAGAAAAGCAAGCGACUAACAAUGGAGAUAUUAAACAUUUUUUAAGCUUAUAAUAGAUAAGCUAGUUUAACAAACAUCUUUUAAAAUCUAACUCCUUUUUCACAAAAUAAGCACAAUAUUGUAUUUAGAAACUGUAUAUUUGUAUGUAAAAUAUUGUAUUUUUUAAUUAAUGUAAAUAGGUUGUGGUUGCAAAGAGCAGGAAGAAGUCAACACUGAACUAUGCUAACACAACAUGAACCAAAAUACUAUGACACGCGUCUGGUAAUAAGAACAUAAUUUGUGCAUGUUUAAACAAAGCAAAAUUAGCAGACAAUGUAAUGU